ACGACGUAGCAGAGGUUUUGGGCGGGAUCUCGCACGGGCCCCUCGCGAUCGUGUCCUUUACGUGCGUCGUCGUCCCCUCUCGCGACGUCGCCAGGCGUACCGCCGCCUCGCUAACGCGAUCAGCAGCUCACGUGGGGACCGUGACGUGGGGUGCUGUCGCUGGAAGGCGCCGAGCGUUGUUUACCGACGGCGCGUCGCCCGCGGCAGCUCCUCUCUGUCUGCGCUAUCAAUCACACGCGAACUGCGACUCGCUAGAGCUGGGCUGCUGCGGCACACCUCUCUUGGACCCCCGACGACGUCCCUCCGAGCCCCGUGACUGCAGCGACGAGCAUCGACUGCAUUUCGCAGGCAUCCAGAAUCCCGACGUUGUCCUAGCGGAUCGUGAUCGUCGCGGUAGCAUCAUGAGCGGUUAUUACCCUCCGCCGCAGCAGAAGCAGGGCUAUCCUCAGGCUCCCAUGCCCGGUGCCAUGCCAGGGGCUGUGCCAGGGGCCAUGCCGUAUGAUCCUCCACCACCCUACUCACCAACUGCUCCACCAAACCCAUGCCAGACUGCACAGCCCAUGGACCACCCGUCACGGCUGUAUCCGGCUCCUGGCCAGCCAUACCCUGUGCCAGCUCCGGGACCCUACCCAAUGGCCUCGUACCCACAGCAGCCGGGCCUGUCACAGCAGGUUGUGUACCAUGUCCCUGAUGCCUUUGACGCUGGGGCACGCUUCACGCACAGCAAGCCUACCAUUCCACCUCCUCCCCCUGGAGUUCCUCCAAAUGCUGCUCAGCUGGCUGCCAUGCAAGGCAACGCCGUAGUCCUGGGUCAAAAGAAGGGCAGCUUCUGGACCACUGGCGCUGGAGGUGGCUACACCUUCUGGUAGACGCCGACCACAGUGCACGGGAGCCUCCACCAAUGCUCCUGCUGCUGUGUCGACAGUCGCAAGGCUGUUCGCUUUUAUUUUCCUUCACGACGAGGAGAGCACCUUCAUGCAAGACUGUGGAACGACCUCUGCCAUGUCAGUGUUGAGCAAUGCUCCAGUAUGCCCCCCUGCCGCUAGGCUCACUAGAAAUGCUCUCCAGGUGCUGCAGUUGCUUUGUGGGGAUUCCAAACACUCAACGCUGCUGAUCUAGAAGUAGAAAACAGCGCACUUGAGUGAAUUUUGAUGGGACUACAUGUCUGCUUAGACUCUAAACAACAGCAGUGUUUUUGAAGUUCCAGCUCAGAGAAUUGUAGCAGCCUGAAGGCCAGAUUUAGUGACCUUGAACUGGAUGAUGGGCAGUUCUAGGGCAGAUUCAGGUACAGUCCGUGCUCGGCCUUAGUUGAGGUGCGAGCCUCAGCUAGCUCAGCAGGCAAUGGCAUAUUGUGAACAGUCUGUACUGCUCUGCUCUGUCCUGGGACUCUUUGAUGACCUCAGGGAUUCUUCAAAAGAGUGUCGCAAUAUUGCAGCUUUCCCAGUUGUCUUGCAUACUGUCUUUCAAUUGUUCAAUCCGUAGCAAUCGAGUAUGAGGAACAUCUUUUCACGCUUUACUUUUGACUAAUACUCUGGAUAGAGAACAGAGUGGAGCCUCUUUAAGAGGCAGGAAAAUGUACAGCAUCAGUCAAGAAGUUUCUCGGUCUUAAAUAUUUGGCAUUUUGGUGUUGUUGGAUUACAGUCUACUAAGGACCAUUUCUAUAAGCAGGCCUUGUUACAAGUUACUGCGCCAAAAUGCAUGACAGGAAGUGGCUAUGUAACCCGCCCAGCUGAAAGACGGCACAUACACUAGUGUUUCCAGUGGUUGUGACAUGUGCAAUGUUGCCGUAAAAGAACUCGAGGCUCAAAUCUUUCAUGCAACACAAGCACAACACAGUGUCUGGGGGCAAUCCUGUGCAAAACUGGCAUAUUUACUACAUUUCGUUACAAGGGAGGUUACUUCAUUUAUUGUAAUGUGGCUAACAGGAGCCAGCUUGAAACACUUCAAGGUGACAUCAUGUUGUUGCCUAAGGCAUUGUAAUGAUGAUCACGAAUGCCUGACUUGGCUUGCAGGUUGCAGGGUGGGACGGCAAGGGCAGUCUUAACCUUAUAGACUUUUUGCCUAGACUUUUGACUGGUGCUGUAAAUGGCUCCUUGCGAUGGUCUAGUGUGUGACUUACAUACAAAACAAAGAGGACACAGGAAGAUACUUCAACUGAUAAACACUAGGCAUACAGGGGAAGCCACAGCCCGGAGUCAGGCUUGCCUUGUUCCUGCUGGACUAAGGCUUCCCUCAUUCUCCCGCUGUUAAUUGAAUUAGUUCGUUUUUGACAAACCUGUGUGACGGUUGAAAUGUUGUAACUGGCACUAAGAAGUUUCGGGACCUGUGUCUUUUUAGUGUUGGUUACGAUGUCUCAGUCCUGGAUUACCUAAGCGCCAACCAGCUUAGCUCCUUUCUCUAGUUUUGUCACAACAUAGCAAAAACAAAUGGAGGGCUCACCAUGCUGAAAGUUUAGACCUCCUUCCUGUCUCUCUACAUCUUGCCAUUUUUCACUUCCGCUGAAAGGAAAUUUCUGGCAAACACAAGCAGCAAGGCUGAAAGCGCACACGUGCUCGUUGAACAGUCAAAGCAGUCUUGUUGAGGACAAGCUGUGAUUGUAGAUGUCAAAGCAUUAUAGAGUUGUUUAAAGGGCCCCAUUCCAGGCCACAUAGCAAACUUUGGUUAUAUGCUGGAAGUUGUUACGUGCCCUCUAGGGAGUGUUCUACUGCAAGAAUUUUUUAAAAUUGAUUCAUUAAUAGCAGAGAUAGAAAUAUUUCAGUGCCGCGAACCCAUGCUUUCAGGAGGCAAGCGUCAACACCAACAUACACUCUCUCCACUUGCCCCAUCUGGCCUCUGCAAGCGAAAUUCUUUCCCUGUGUUCUCCCAUACCAGAGCUGUAGGGAUCGCCUUGCCUUGUUUUUUGUUUUUGUUUUUCUCUUGCUUUCUUGCUGCAUGGUGCACUUCUGCUGACGACCUCGCGCAAGCUGUUGCAUUUGUCUCGUUUCUUGCAGUGCACAAUUUUGCGCACUGUGCACGAAAACACCUGACUAAGUGUAUAAGUUAAUACUACACGAACACUGAGGCAGACGCAAAUGGAACACAGAGCAUGAUUGUGCACACUGGAACACUGUAGAAAAUGACAGUUUCAUUGUCUGCACGCAUGACUGCACGACGUGGCAACAAGCAGACGAAACAGAAGUACAUCUCUCCUGUUACGGUAUGCAGUAAAACAAACACUUGCAGACAUUCGGUUUGUAGGUUUUAUUAUUUAUUUCUGUAAACUUUAAUUCAUCUAUUGAAGCAACAGACCAAACAGAGAACUGCUUUUGCCUUGAAUAAUUCUCAGUCACGUGCCACUGUGAGUGACGUCACAGCACAGCGAACUAUGUAGGCACAGCUGCGCAAGUGACGUCAACUCUUUGGCUGGGAGUGCGGCACCAGCGAGGAGAAAAGCUUGGGGCUUUUGGUUUGAAAUUUCAGCUCUUUUCAUACCGCAUAGCAGUGUAACACUUUGCAGGCACGAUUGUUAGCACGCAUUGUAAGCACUGCACUUGUCAGUUCUAUAUGGCCAAACCUGGUGAGGGGCCCUUUAAGGGAGAAGAGUUGUGGUGCACUGAAUCCUCAACCUUCAGUGAGAGUCACUUGGCACUUGUUUGGCUGUUAUUGAAGUGUCCUUGUUUUAAUUGCAUAUGGGACAGUGUUCUGUGUUUUGUGUACUGCACGCACACAUGCAUCUUGCCUCAUCAGCUUUCGACACUAAGCAGCACACAAGCGAGCCAUCAUAUUCACAUUUCUCACAUUUAUGCUUACCUGAUCUGUAUAGACAUGCAGUAGAGUCUGGAGCCAAAUGUUAAUGGGACUGCAUCAAGAAUCAAUGUUGUCAAGCGAACUGUAGCGAGGAACAGAAAAAUUUGCCUAAAAUAAAAACUAAACAAAAAAAGCUGUUCUUUUCUAACUGUCCACAUGCCUGGUAUUCUUGUACCCUACAAAAAUGCAAGUCUGAUGCCCAUGUCGCCAUGUCAAAAUUUAUUUCUUACAUAUUUGUGAUAUUAUUAUUGCUGGCUCGCAGGAGAUCUGCAGCUGCUCCACUUCAGAUUACUGUGCCGUGGCCAACACAUUAGCCUCGGGAGUUUCUCAGAAGGAGUGCAAAGAUGGCCCAGUGCCAUUUCGCAUGUUUUGCGUGUGACCCAUCACUAGAACGUUAAAUGAAAUGGCUUCACUAGUUAGCUUAAAGCACAGAACACUUACAACACACUUUUAGUGGCUUUGCACUAUGCAGAUACUUUAUAGUAUACUAUAAAGUACCUGCACAGUGCAAAGCCAUGAAUCUUCUUGCUUUGUACUGGAAAUUGUGUGCUAGAACUGUGGUGACAUUGCACAGAGGUUAAAGGGGCACUAAAGAGAAAUGAUCAGUUAAGCUUAACUCCUAGAGUGAUGGAUUUACAUGCUAAAGUAUCAUGUAUAUUUGUAAGCUUUGUAAGCUAGAAAUUAGGCAAGAACAAUUAUGCGAGAAGAUUGGUUUUGCACCAGUGUUAUGCCACAGAACUUGGUUUUGCUUGUUUCUUUCGUACGUUCCACAGUGCAUCCUUUUUGUGAACCCACGCUCGCAGCAUAGACAUGCUCAUGGGCAUUUGCUAGAAGGACAUAACCUCCUGCCAGCGUUCUUGCUCUUGCUUGACUACUCAUUGGCACUUAUAUCAGCUCACGUUUGUUAGCUACAUACAAGCUAGCUGCAAAGCUACCAAACCUCUUUGAUGGAGUCAUUCAAGGAUAUUUUGUCAGAAAUGAACAAAUGCGAAACAUGGGCUCAUUUUUUCUGCUCCCUUAACUGGAAACUAUUUCUGACUUACCUAGUCUUUCACAGCCAUCUGUGAGUUCUACAACAUACGAGAUGCUAUGAGGUCAAUCUGUUCCCCCUUCAGCAGUCUUGGGGAGGCCCUUGCCCUCCUUGAAACCGCUGUGCAUAUCCCUAUGCUGCAGAGUGUUAGUGCACCCAUGUCCAAUCAUUCCAAACCAAGCCUACAAAUACCAGCAAAGCACUGCACAUUGCACUUAGCCUCAGUCAGCGUCAUUCACUCACACUGAUGCAGUGCUUCAAAGGACUGGAAAUAGCUUGAUGGUUUCAGAUAUCUAAGAAAAAGCACAAUUAAAAAAGAAAAGCUAGCAUGCUGCACAUUUUUAUUCUUGCAAAUAAGGAAUCAUUGCUUUAUAGCUAGCAUCCGUUUGACUUGUUAUCCUUUAUUUCAACUAACAUUGCUAAGUGAGAAGCAAGCACAACAAGUGAUGGAAAGGAAAAUUGGUAGACAUCAUGUUGAGAGAUAGAAGAGUAGCUUGGAUUUGCAAACAAAUUAGGUUGAAUGAUAUCCUAACAGAAAUUAGGAGAAAGAAAUAGCAGGGCAUGCACUGGAUAGGGCACAUAUCUGGCGGCCUGUUAGUGAAACAAAAUGGCGACCAAGCGAUGGGGAAACAGUGUCAAGACAGCAAUAAAUUUGAUGGAGCGACGAGAUAAAGGGCAGAUGCAUAGAAUGCACUUGGCUGGAGCAAGAUAUGUGGAAAUUGAAAGCUUUGGGAGAGGCUUUUGUCGGGCUGCAAACUUGGUUAGGCUUUUUUGAUGAUGACAUUUCUAAUCAACUUCUCACCUUCAACUUCCUCCUCCUUUUAUCAUCAACAGCAAUGGCAAGAAAGAUUAGGGUUUUCUUUUUUUUUCUUUUUUUUACAUUUGUAUUUGUGUCAGCAGGGCAGUCUUGGUCUUUGUUUUUUGUUUUUCUUGUGUUUACAAGUACCCUGUGCUUGCAGUUGCAAUGUUUAAAUGCAAGCACAUUUGUGUUUAAAUGUUGCAUACGGUGCAGCCAAAAUGACUGUCAGUUUGUCAUCUAUUUUGCUAAGUAAGUGACAUAGAUGAUCCUCAUUUAUGAUGAGCACCUCAUGCGUGGUAGGGCUUUGCAGUCUGGAAGUGCAAAUGAAUUUUUAUCAUUCCUUCUUCUGUGCCAUACAUAUUACCCCACAAGAGUGUCUCAGACAUGAGAUGCAGUCUGCACACAUAUUGUCUUGGGUGGUUUUCAAAGGCAUUUACUUACAUUUUCGCCUGGGUAUCACUCGUAUAUUGUGCUGAUGUAGGUUUACUCUGAUUAGCACUACCUUCAGUGGUGGAAGCUGGGCAAUUUGUUUACGGAAUUAUACAUUGGCUGUGCAUUGACUAUGCAGCGACUAAACAGAAUGACCAGUGGAACAAAAUAUUCAGUCAGCCUUCAGGACUGAGACUUUAGUUUUGUGCCUCAUGAACAGCAUGCUGCUGGACGAUCACAUUAAAUGGUAGCUGGCUGCAUGGUCAAGUUGAUUCUGAGUAUUGUUUACUCAUGCCAGAGACCCUUGUUGUGAAGUGCAGUAACAUAUACGACUCGUAGACUGUUAACUAGAACGGUGUGUGGUACUAUCGUGGACAACUGAAGCAGAAACCAGUUAAAGACGACUAGAAUGCAUCUUUUCAUUCCCACUUUCAUUGCUUCAUGCUAUGUUGGCAUGAUUUUGAUUUGCAUGCAUAUUUUGAGGCAUACCCCUUCUUCGGCAACUGUGUAUGUGGUCAUGCAAAUUUAACUAAUUACCUGUGAGAGGUGUUCUAGUCCACAUUUUUCGUUGAUGUUUCACUUGUCCAUGAUGGUACAGACCCUCAGUGAGAACAACUCUCUACUGAAACUGGUUUAUAGUUCAUUUCCAACAGUUCAUUUCUGCUCAAUUUUGUCAGUGCUAAGCACAACAGAUUGAAUAAGGCUGAUGUUUCACUUAGACCAGUGGGUCCCACUCAAAUGUUUUCAACUGGGGCACCAUCAGCAUAAACGUGAGUGUGCACUUUGUGCCACAAAUGGUGUCAUGCAUUUGGAACACCUGCUGUGCUAAGCUGAACUUGGUUUUGCGUGAAUUAAAGUGGAACCAAGAGCAUUUUCUGUUAAUACUGAUGCUGCUAAUUGUGUGUUCUAGAUGCAUAUUUCGAGUCUCGGCCAAGAGAGCAAUUAAGCCUCGUCAUCAACAAAUGUGACCUGUGGUUCUAGGAGCGUUGCGAGUUUUGCCAGGCAGCCUGCUAGACAGUCCCCAAAACACACUGUCGUAGAAUGUUCAGUCUGUACAGAAGACCUACAGAAUUCACCAGAAAUAUUGGUUCGCAUUGCUUGUGCACCCGAGCAUCGUGUGUUGUCGUAUGUGCUCUGAACACAUUCACGACAUGCACAGUGUGCAGGCAGCUUUGCAGAGCAGUGUUUUGUGCUGCUUGUGCUGCACCUAUGUCGACAUAUAUGCAAUCAAAAAAAAAAUUGAGGUGUUAGAUCGGCUUUUGUUUUUUUGAUGGUUCUUUGCUGUUAGCACUACGGACAUGGGUUCCUGGCAAAAAAAAAAAAAAACAUGCUUGCCUGUUUUCUCUUCAUCCUUUUAGGAUUUUACACUGGCUGGGUUCUUGGGGAGUGCAGUUUCCAUGAUUUGCGCCAUGCUUGAGGGUACUGCAUCAUAUCCUCUGUAUCAUCCUCGCUGCCUCUUGAGUGUUUUUUUGCGAGGUAGAUGCUGCAUGUUUUUACUCACUGUGAAAGUAACGUAGUGGGUAUGCGCACAACACAACAGCCACUUAAAUUGUUAAGUUGCAACUGCUCAAUUUUACAUUUCUUUUUUCACUUGUCGCCCAGAUGCAGUAUAUCUUAAGAAGGCCAGGACAUAAACUACAUCAGAGCACAGGUUUGACCCCCAGCUUCAUCUUUACGGAACCCAUUGCCGUUUGACAAGAUAGUUGUGUAGUACUCGGUAGUUCACAAAUUUGCUCGAGGCACGAAAUUGCACCUGCUGAGAUUGUACUUGAGAUCAAAUGCAGAGGAGACAAGUGGGUGUGGUUUGCAAAAUUUCUCGGUGUACUUUUACGUUCUGGGUGCUUUAGAUGCAAAGGGUGGUGCCACUUUUUGGCAGCUCUGUCAUGGACACUUUGUGUUCCCAUUGAUUGUUGCUGUGUGCCUGUUAUAUUUCCUCUAACCGGUUUGUUGUGUUAGUUGGUAAGGAGAAGAAGGCUGCCUGCCGAGAUACUGUGCUGCUUAAUUGUGUGUGAUUCGGGGCCAAUCAGAGAGGUGUUUGCUUUUAUUGGGUAAUAGUCAAUUGCUAUUGGCGCAGUCUGUUCAAUAAAAGUUGGUUAUUGUGAUUGACUG